CAGCAGCAGCAGACGAAGCACGCAUGCGCGGGAGGAGCGGCACAGCCCAGGCGGCCCCGAAGCUGGAAGGAGGACGCGGAACUCUCUUGGGGAUGUUUCGGUCCUUGGGCAGCCUGAGGCCUUGGCACGUGGGACCCCGCUCCACCCUCUGGGGGAGAUGUGUGGCUGGCAGUGCCCGUCCCCAGCCCCUCUGCCUUAGCCAGCUUACCUCCGCACGCCACGGCCCAGGCUGGUGGCCCUCUCGGCUGGAGGUCUGGAAGCAGGGUGGCUUGCUGCCAUUCUCUGCCCCCGCUGGCCAGCUUGCCUUUCCUAGAGGCGGCGGCGCUUUGAUCUGGAGCAAGACUGUCUGGAGGCCCUUCUCCCAAGGGACCUCACAGACCCCCAGGCUGGAGCCCCAGUAUUCCCUGAGGACUCGCCUGCUGGUGGUUUCCAUCGUUAGCCUCCAGCUUCUGCUGGGCUGGCUGUAUCUCCGCUCAGAGAAGCAGCAGCAGGAGAAGCAGAAACGCAUCGAGGAGCUGAGGAAAGUGGCCAUUGGCCAGGGCAACUUCCACCUGGUGGACCACACGGGGCGCCCCUUCUCCAAGGAGGACCUCAAGGGCAGCUGGGUCCUUCUGUACUUUGGAUUCACCCACUGCCCCGACAUCUGUCCAGAGGAGCUGGAGAAGAUGAGCCGGGUGGUGGACCUGCUGGACCGGGACCCCCGGCUGCCCCGCCUCCAGCCGCUCUUCAUCACGGUGGACCCCGAGCGGGACACCGUGGAGGCCGUGGCCAAGUACGUGAAGGAAUUCCACCCGCGGCUGCGGGGGCUGACUGGCACCCCCGAUCAAGUGCGGGAGGCUGGCCGGGCCUACCGCGUCUACUACAGCACCGGCCCCAAAGACCAGGACAAUGACUACCUCGUGGACCACACGGUCAUCCUCUACCUGCUCAGCCCAGACGGGCUCUUCCUGGACUACUACAACCGGUACAAGACGGACACCAAGAUUGCCCAGAGCAUCAAGGAGCACAUGGCCACCUACCCAGGCCUCUUCGGCUGAGCCGGUGCUGGCGGGAGCGAGACGCUUUAAGGGUGAACAGGCAGUUGUCGAU